CAUUAGCACACAGAACCAAAACUCGUAACCAACCCCAACCUAAUCAUCCACGAAUUUGCCUUAUCAAUUUAUUUUCUCUCUCUCAAAUUCCUUUUCUUCCACCUGCCACCCUGUCAACUGUAUCAAUCCAUAUCCUAUAUAGCAUUAAAUUAAGAAAGAACCCUAAUCAAAAAAGCUCUUUUUUUAAAUCACCUAUCAAGUCUUUGUUUUUCUCUCUGAUCUCAUCACCAUGGGUUCCAUCUCCAAGCUCUCAAAUCUAAACCCUACCUACUCACCCUCUACGUUUAAUCCCAAAUCAUGCCAGCCCACUGUGUUUUUGAUCAAAGGGUUCAAUGGAAAAACUGUUUUUGAUCAAAGGGUUUCUUCCUCCAGGUUGUCUCUGCGCAAUAACCAUGCUUAUUGGGGUUCCUUCGCUGUCAGAUGUUCCAAUCUUGACGGAAAUGGAAGCCCAACCAAGAGAACAGUUCUUCACGAUCUUUACGAGAAAGAAGGGCAGAGCCCAUGGUAUGAUAAUUUGUGCCGCCCUGUUACAGAUCUGCUUCCAUUGAUUGCAAGUGGCGUCAGAGGUGUAACCAGCAACCCUGCGAUUUUCCAGAAAGCAAUAUCAACUUCAAAUGCGUACAAUGAGCAGUUCAGAGAACUUGUACAAGCAGGAAAAGACAUUGAAAGUGCAUAUUGGGAACUUGUGGUGAAGGACAUUCAAGAUGCAUGCGAACUUUUUGAGCCAAUCUACAAUCAAACAGACGGAGGUGAUGGUUACGUUUCUGUUGAAGUUUCUCCCAGACUUGCUGAUGAUACUGUAGGGACUGUUGAGGCUGCAAAAUGGCUUCAUAAAGUGGUUGAUCGUCCCAAUGUCUACAUAAAGAUUCCUGCCACAGCUGAAUGUGUCCCUUCAAUCAAGGAAGUUAUUUCACUUCGUAUAAGCGUGAAUGUUACCCUCAUAUUCUCCCUCGCUAGAUAUGAGGCAGUAAUUGAUGCUUACUUGGAUGGCCUCGAGGCUUCUGGGUUAAGUGACCUCUCUAGAGUUACAAGUGUUGCUUCCUUCUUUGUUAGUCGAGUAGACACACUUGUCGACAAGAUGCUUGAGAAGAUUGGAACUCCAGAGGCCCUUGAUCUCCGAGGAAAGGCUGCAAAUGCUCAAGCAGCUUUGGCAUACAAGCUCUACCAGAAGAAAUUCUCUGGACCCAGAUGGGAGGCCUUGGUGAAGAAAGGUGCCAAGAAGCAGAGGCUGUUGUGGGCAUCCACCAGUGUGAAGAACCCCGCUUAUUCUGACACUCUAUAUGUCGCCCCUCUUAUUGGACCUGACACGGUUUCAACCAUGCCUGACCAAGCUCUCCAAGCAUUUAUCGACCAUGGCGCGGUCUCAAGGACGAUCGAUUCAAAUGUGUCCGAAGCUGAAGGCAUAUACAGUGCCCUAGAGAAGUUGGGGAUUGACUGGGGAUACGUCGGCUCUCAGCUUGAACUCGAGGGAGUGGAUUCUUUCAAGAAGAGCUUUGACAGCUUGCUUGAUAGUCUGCAAGAGAAGGCCAACUCUCUUAAGCUUGUUAGCCAGUAACUCCCCUUGUGUGGUUGGUUUCCUUUUUGGUUUUGCCAAUGACAAAUUAAUAAAGGAUAUAUGGGAGUCUUCUUCUCCUGUUGUAAAGGUUGUUGAGUGUGCUGUGAGAGGAUAAUGUUUCAGUGGAUUUUAUCAGCUUCUAUGCAAGUGAGAACUUCUUUUUUACUGAGUA